GCCCCCGAGCACCCCGUUCUCCCGCUCACCCCCCCAUAGGGGGCCCCUGAGCACCCCGUUCUCCCGCUCACCCCCAUAGGGGGCCCCCGAGCACCCCCGUUCUCCCGCUCACCCCCAGAGGGGGGCUCCUGAGCACCCCGUUCUCCCGCUCACCCCCAUAGGGGGCUCCUGGGGGCUCCUGAGCACCCCCGUUCGCUCACCCCCCUCAUAGGGGGCUCCUGAGCACCCCCCGUUCUCCCACUCACCCCCCAUAGGGGGCUCCUGAGCACCCCCGUUCUCCCGCUCACCCCCCCAUAGCGGGGCCCCGAGCACCCCCGUUCUCCCGCUCACCCCUCAUAGGGGGGCUCCUGAGCACCCCCGUUCUCCCGCUCACCCCCCAUAAGGGGCUCCUGAGCACCCCCAUUCUCCCGCUCACCCCUCAUAGGGGGGCUCCUGAGCACCCCCGUUCUCCCGCUCACCCCUCAUAGGGGGGCUCCUGAGCACCCCCGUUCUCCCGCUCACCCCCAUAGGGGGCCCCCGAGCACCCCCGUUCUCCCGCUCACCCCCCAAUAGGGGGCUCCUGAGGAAUUGGGGGCUGGGACCCUUGUGUAGCGGCGGGGUGGCUCCAACUACUCAUUUCUCCUCAGACGAGGCGCGUGGGGCUCCCCCCCCGCUGGCUUCCGCCCCCCGCGCCCUGACCCACACAAGGGAAACGGGGGGGGGGGGCGUGCCGCUUCCCGUGAAGACUAGGCUGGGCUGUGUGUAUAAGAUAGACCAGCCCUGUCCCCCCACAGGUGUGUGAGAGAGACUUUAAAGGGCCCCCUGGUUUCCUUCCCCUCGCCCCCUGAGCUGUGUGACUUUUUGCAUCUGCGUUCACGUUUCCACGUUCAUUUUUAUGGGGACCAAAAAACAAGACUUCGUGUAAAUUACGUCUUCAGCCUUAAUACACUGGGCCUGGCAGUAGUUACCUUGCUCAUCCUACAUGAAGCACAAUCAUGACAGAUCAAGAAUAUAUCCUAUGCAAAUGGAAGAACCGUUUAUGGCCAGCAAAGGUUUUAUGCAAAAUCAGAACUUCCAGAAGACCAGUUGUUUCUAAAGCAAAAGCAGCCUCAUUCAAAGUUGAAAUACUCGGUCUGGAAGAACAGACUAAUGUGAACUGUGUGGACACGCAGCCUUUGGAGGAGGAGCGCAUAAAAAUUAUUGCCUCUGAAUUAACAGACCAGAGGAAUAAACCUAGUCACCCUGUGGAAGAACUGAAGUAUCGCAAAGCUCUUAGAAUCGCUCUAGAUAUUUUGAGUGCCUCUCCGAAACAAGUAAGGUCUUCAGAUGAGGGACAAACUACUCGAUCAGGCCAGAAAGAAAAUAAAAUAAGAAGUUCAUUAUCUCCUCCUGUGACUAGAUGUCCAAUAUCUUCCCCAAAAAUAAAAUUAGAAGAGGGUGAGACCUUGAGGGAAAAAUGGAAACAAAAGACACCCAGCCCACAAAUUGAUACAGAAAAAAACAAACAAAAAUAUCGGCUCAGUUCCAAGGAGAUGGCUAAAACGCGUGGAAACAGAACAAAUUCUUCAAUAUCUAAAUCUGGGAACUUUUCUAGCACAUGGAAGUCAGAAAGCCAGCAUUGCAAGACAUCUAAAUCAAAAGUAAAAACAUUGACUCAACAGAAAACAAUAAAAUCCAAAUUGUUGCCGAAGUCCAGAACAGGAAAAAGCUCAUCACUUUUGCUAAAGGAGAAUGAGAAAAGUAAGAAAGGAAGAAAGAGACCAAGAGAUGCAGGCGAACCCUCAUCUCCUAGCACUAAAUUCCCAGAUGAUACAUUACGUGUUUUUGUUAGAGAAAGUACCCCAGUAUCUGCUUCCUGCAAUUCUACUAUGUUAAUAUGUGCUGGAAAAAGGCCAAAUGUUAGGGGUCUGCCCAAAAAGAAAUUACUGGAUUUUUCUAUUACAAGUACUUCACCUGAAUUAGAGAGUAACAUCAAUGAAGAGAGAGACACUCCAGCGAGGAAAUAUAAAAUGUUAGAUGGGAGCAAAAAGCCAGUGAAUUCAAAGUGUGUUAGCUGGAAACAAAAGACUACUGCAGUGUCACCUCUGCGCAAAAAAGGGGGAUGCAUAAAUGGCCUGGAACCUUUAUCUGGGGCUUCUAAACACACGAAUUAUUCUGAUAGCCCUCUUUCUGAGUUUAAAAAAGAGGAGAAUAAGGGUACUUCACACAGUCCUGUGAAUAAAGCUAAAAACUGUCAGCUACCUGAUUUUGACGAAGACGAAGCAGGAUUGGACUCCUCUGAUCUGUCUUUGAAGUUUAGCUCUCCAGAAGGUAUCUCUCCCAAUACAACUUUGGUAGAUGAGGAGGAAGAAGAGGAAGAUGAAGAACUUCCUAGUAUUCUCUUACGUCAAGAACCAUGUUCAAUUGAACCAGGGAUGUUGGUCUGGUGCAAAUUGCCAAGAUAUCCAUAUUGGCCGGCAGUGAUAAAAAGAGUGACACGGAAAUAUAAAAAAGCAAGUGUGCUGCUAAUAGAAGCGGGUAUGAAUGGCAAGAAGGCAAAGGGUUUCUCUAUAGGUCUCAAAAAUCUAAAGCACUUUGAUUGUAAAGAAAAGCAGAAUCUAAUAGACAAAGCCAAAGAGGACUACAGCCGGGAAAUUGAGUGGUGCAUUGAACUGAUUGCUGACUACAGAAUUAGAGUUGUCGUUCUUUUACAGGAUCCUUCUUGGAAUACUGUGCUGAUGACAUCAACACCUGCUGAGACCUGGGGAGCUUUCCCUUAUUUGACACAGUGCGAAUGGUUGGUGAGGUACCAGCACCAUGUGUUUUUAGGCUAUCCAGUUAGAAAAGAAGUUAAUCAAGGUAAAAUACAAAUGACCUUCCCAGUCAUAGCAGAGGAAGACUUUGAAGAAUCUUUGUCCGAAACUACACCUAUCAAACCCUCCAAGAAAGUUCUUCCUGAUAGAAUGAGGGCUGCCAGAGACAAAGCCAACUCAAAGAUAGUCGACUUCAUAGUGAAGACAAAGGGGGCAGAGGCACAUCUUUUGGCUAUUUUGAAAAGCAAAAAGCAGUCCAGGUGGCUGAGAGAAUUUCUGAAUUCAAGUCAAUAUAUGACCUGUGAGACCUACCUUGAGGAUGAAGAGCAGUUGGACCUUGUGGUGAAUUAUUUGCAAGAAGUCUGUCAUGAAAUAGAUACCAGGAAACUGGAUGUAAAAAAUGGUGAUAGAAUAAAAUUUAUUUUGGAUGUCCUUUUGCCUGAAGCCAUCAUUUAUGCAAUUUCUGCUGUGGAUGAUAUAGAUUACAAGAAAGCAGAGGAAAAGUACAUAAAGGGACCAUGUGUCAGCAAAAGGGAAAGAGAAAUAUUUGACAAAGAAAUUCUAGAAAAAAAGGAACUGGAGCUGCUGAAGACUGACCUACACCCUGAAGAUAGCGUAUAGAAACAGCGGUAUGGACCUUUGAAGUCUGCACUGGCACUGAAUGUAUAUCAUGGAGAAGAAAGCAAAUUUUUAUAUGAAUUGUGAAAUAUUUUUACUUUUUUAUCAACAUGUAAAUAUAAUUUAGUGGAUGUGCUGAGUCUUCAGAAUGCUGUGUUCUUUUGGAUGCAGUUGUACUUGUACUUUUUUUGUUCUAUGGAACUGCUCAUUGCUUUCGUCUGAGUGAUAUAAUGCUGAACUACCUAUAAAAUUAAUUUUACAAAGAUGUAAUAAAUUUUUAUGGACUUAUUGCUAGAUGUCACCCUAUCCCACUUGACAUGUACAUUAGUAACGAUCUAAGCGGGUAAAUAGCAAGGUCUUCGUAAGGCUUUUGACAUAAUCAUGUAAUUUUGUAUUUAAUUUGUGUGGAUUCGCCAUUCAGAAAAUCUGUGGAAACAAAGGUCUGUUGUCAGAGGAACCUGUGAUGAUAGAAAUUACAGGAUUUUCUAUAGCCAAGUAUGCUUUGGUUGGUCGUUUCAUUACUGCUAAAUCCACUGGUUUUCCUAUCUGAACAUUUUCAGAGGUUGGUUGUCCUUGCACUACUUUUAUGUACCUGUAAGGAAAUAAAAUUAAAUGCUAUCUCUUAAUGAAACCCAAGGCACAGAAGCUCUUUCUGUUAAGAGGGCAACUUUAAACUUUAGUGUAAGAGAAGGCAUUCCAACACACUAGAAUUAUUUUAUAAUAUGACCAGCUUCACCUCAUUUAGAAAGAUGAAGCAAUGAAUUCAAUGAGUGUCAUGUUUAGCAUAUUGUAGGUUAAUGAAACCAGUUUCUAGGCGCACAUUUGGCAUUUUUAUGUCUAACCUAUUCAAAAAUCAAAUCUGCAUGCUUCUGGGCCUGUGCCAGCAUUAGAAGCAGUUCACAUCAUGGUAUCAUAAAUUCAUUAGCCUGUUGCAAACAGAUUACUGUUGGCUGGCCUACAGUGAAACUGGCGGACAUCAGGAUUCAUUGACAGAAUACGUCUUAAUUUGGGAAGAGCCAAUCAAAAAGGUUAGCGAUUUAUAUUCUGUUUGUAGUGCGAAUCUCUGAUCAGGAGGUGUUAUACAGUCUGAACUGAGAUGUAGUUUGAUUUAUAUGGAAUUAAAUGCUGUAGCUUAAUUUUUUUUAAUCUAAUUCCUUGUGAGACAAUGGAAUGUAAAUGGCAUAUUGAUACUAUGUGUGUAUCUAAUGUACCCAUCUGAAUAGUUAUUAAAAUGACACUAACUGCUCUGUAUCUUAAGAGUCCAUCCUCCUUAUAUGAUAUAGUGACCUAUUAAAUAAGUAUAUUAAGAACAUGAAUGUAACAAAAGAGUGUGAGGAUAUCGUACUAAAAUGUUCUUUCAUAUUACUUUUCACUAAAACUUUUUGGAAAAGGGAUAAUGCAAUUUAUAUACACUUUUUGUCAUGGCAUGAAACCUUUUAAUUACAACCAGUUAUAUAAAUAUACCUUCAGCUCUGCAAACGUCUUGAAAGCUGCUUUAGCAGACAUUCAUUAUAGAUGGAGAUUUCUGAAGCUUGGUGCUAUCUCUUUACAAUGUGCAAGCUGCGUGUGCAGAAGAGAGAUUUUUACAAGCAAACAACCAAAAAAAACCUACUGCAGCCACUGGUCCCAGGGAUAAUGAGCCCCACCAGAUGUAGAUCUCCUAAAGUUGGGGGAAAUGGGAGAGGGAAAGGCUUAAAUCACAAUGUGAUACCCAUUUCGCCUCCUGAAAUAAACUAUAACCAAACAUGCACUUUUCAUCAAUUUUGCCAUAAUGUUUAUGGGACUUCUAAACAGUGCCACAGUAGCUGAAAUUCUAAUGUCUCAUGUUCUUGAAUUAGUCUGAGGAGAAGUAACCUCAAAAACUCUGAUGCCUUAUUUAUAUGUAUCACACGCUUUCCUAUGUUCUUUUUUCCCCUUCCCUCUUCUAAUCAUAUCCUAACAUAAGACUUUUUUUUAAUUCAAACUAGUAGAAAUAUCUAAUCUAAUUGUACUUUAACCAAGAAUGAAUUUCCCUGAAGUAGUACAUCAUGUUGAAGUUUCUUAUAUUUUUAAUGUGUGCCUAGCACAACUUAGCCUUGAAAAUAUUAAAAACAAAAUUUAAACAUUAUCUUCAAGAAACCAAAGGCUAGAUAGCUUUUUUUUUUAACUUAAUUUGGGAUAACAAAUACUUUCCACUCAUUGUAGAAAGUGCAUAGACCAUUUCUGUAAAGUACAGAUAAAUCUGAAGACCAUCUUUGUGUAGUCCUAUGAUAAGAUAUUGUAUUAAAUUUAUCAGUACAUUCAGAUUGAUACUGCCUAAUGCAAUAAUAUUUGCUUUCUAUUAUAUACAGUAUUUACCUUUUUAUGGUAUUCUGUAUGACUUCAGUUUCUUAAAUACCAACUAAAACUAGUACCUAGGAAGGCAUGAAUUCUCCAAGGUUUAUUAUUUCUUUGUUUAAAUAAAUUCAGUUGCUUCAGAUACAGCUGAUGUAAUCCAUUGCUCUCAGUAAAAGAAAAACUUUCCAGCUGCGUUUUUGUAUUGUCUGACAGCUGAGUUGAUUUUUGUUUUCUUCCAACUAUGCGUGUGUCAAAUACCAUUAAAUGACAUUUGAUACAGUAUUUGUGUUGAAAUAUUUUGUUUAUCUUGUAAGAUAACAUCUGAGUGAAUAUGAGAAAGCAGUGUCCUGUAUUGUAAUUUUUAAUAAAGCGGAGUAACCAAAAAACAAA